UAUCGGUUCACUCGGUGACCAAUGUAAUAUUGGAAGCAUUUGUUUGCUCACAUGCAUGCGCGAGCCUUUCCCCGAAGAACCCUUGACUCUCGAAGCAACCCUUUCCCUCGAAGAACCCUCGACUCUCGAAGCAUCAUCAUUGAUCUACAAAUAAAGUGCGCACCAACUUUGGAUACAACCUUGAAACCUCAUUGUUUUCUUUUAAUCGUAAGCAUCAUCUUUGUUCUCUUUCGAUUUUGAACUUUAGAAUUCUAAUCUAUGAUUCUGCUAGAGCUUCCAAAAUCUUGUUGUUUUCUUUUUGGAUUGUUACUUUAUCUUUUGAAAUUAUGAAUUAAGCUUUUGUACCACUCGCGAACGAUCAAAUUGGAGUCCCUACACGGAGCUUGAAUCUCUGAUUAAGUUGCUACUGUAAUUUGUAGCGGAUUAUCCUCGCCCACUUCUCGCGGUACUACAUAUUCAACCUUUUUAUUAUUUUUUAUUUUUUAUUUUUUUUACAGCUAUCUUCCUUCUACUUCUUCAACCCGAAUCAGGUAUAACAUUAAUAACAUACCCUACUUGCUUUUAUCAAUAUAGUAUUUGACUUGUGUUUCGCCCUUUAUGCUCAUCUUUUCCUAUUUUUCUUCAUGUAAUACUCACUUUUUCAAUUCAUAUUUAAAUUCCUAAUAGUUAAGGGGUUAGUUAGUUAGAUUAAUGCUAAAAUCAUCAUGUUAUUAUGAAACCCGGUGCUGCUUGCUAUUUCAAGUUGGAUAGUUGUUCUUAUCGGAGAUCGGUUGUGAUCAGGGACGAUCUGCUGGACAAGAUUGGUGAGUCUUCUUCGCUGGGUACGUCGGCUGUUCCAAAGUGGGGGUGGCACCUGCAAAAGAGACUCCGAUGCUAAAAUUAGUAUAUGUGGGUGUAUGGGUCUCAUAUCUAUAAUGCAUGUACCUUGGUAUGAAUUAGGGUUUAUCUGGGCCUUGGGCCUGAAGUCGGUUAUGAUCCAUUUAGAUAGUGGGCCCUUGUUCUGGCCGAUGUCUUGUAAUGCUCGUCCGAUAUUGUCUAGCGCUUCAAUAUCGAGCUUGAGCUUGGUUCCGUGAUACGGAUAGUACACUAGCCCCCAAGCUCCAAAGAGCGUGGGUAGAAGAGUUAAUGCCGAGUUUAGUGAAGGGUCACGACUCUUCGCUUAUGCUCCUUUGGCGACACGCCAUGUGUCAAAAGUUCCGCCUCGCUUCCCAAAACGCGUGGGCGGCGUGUUAAUGGGGGGUGACGGUUUUGCAAUGAUGGGGUGUACCCGUCAUUAUGGGCUUCAUUUAAUGCCUUGUCAGUUUUGUCAUUUUCCGCGUUUCAUUCAAAAUACUUUGCCUCUCUCUCCCUCGUGCACUUUGCGCUUGCACUUCUUUGGCUUCCCUUGCACACCAGAGUUUUCGCCACACCCUUCUCUUCGUCUUCUACCCUCAUUGUCUUCGUUCUACUUUAUCAUUGCUGUUUCCGGCAAUCAGGUCACCGUUCUUCGCCAUUGUCCUAUCACUGUCAAAGGAGUACCAGGUACUUCUCCUACUCUGCCUUCUUCUCCAUUUUUUCUCUCUACCUGUUUCCUAUUUCUUCAUUUGGUCUUACUAAGAGAAUGGCCGAUGAAGGUAGUCAAGGUUCUAUUCCUCCUAAGGCCGCCGCUGUGCAGGCCAAGGGGAAGGAUAAGGCGAAAACGGCCACCGCUGGUGGUGAGCCUAAGGGUAAGAGGGGGGGGGGUGUAACAAUCCCAAAGACUCGCACCCCGCCAUCUUCGUCCCUGGGUAUGAGUGGGUUAGAGGGGACACCGGAGAGUUUGAGAGCAUGUUCAAAUCGUUCCUUGAAGUGAAUGCGAUGUGGAAAUCGCACAGGAUCUGUCAGUCGUCCAUUUCUAAGCUCAUCCGAGUUGAGCCUUGCCAACCCGGUGAGCGUGUGUACAUGGUGGGUACUCCGAAUACCCCCUUCUUCUAUAUGUAGCAAUGCUUUUUCUGAGACCUGGGUGUGUGUUUACCCUUCACACAGUUUGAGUGUGAUUUUUUGAACUUUGUCAAUGUGCCCUCCUGCCAACUGCACCCCAACAGUUGGGGUUUUUUGAGGGCUUUUCAAGUCUUGUGCUCGGCCUUGGGGGUAGGGGUGUCGCUGCCCAUUUUUCUUCAUUUUUGCCAGCUUAAAUUGGGUGAACCUCCCCUGGGUUGGGUGUCUCUGAGUGGGAGUAAGGCUGGGGGGUUGUUCCAGCUUUAUUCCAAUUGUAUAAGAGCUUCAAGAAAGAUUUCUUUCGAGUUCGGCUUGCUGAGGCCGAUCCGCUAGUCGACAAAGUCUUCCACUUCGGUGGGUUGCCGAGGUUUCCCCUCUUCUGGCAGCAGAAUCCGAUCAAGUUUAAUGGUCGAGUAGCCUUCAGUUGUCGGAUUCUAAUACUAUUGCCAUCGCCGACCUGGCCGCGCUUCCUUGUCCCUUGGAUUGCAAGCUUGUCCUCUCGCUUGCUAACUUGGCGAAUAAGGAGAGGGGUUUGGAGAGUGAGUACCUCGUCGUUCUUAGUUGUUAGAUUCUCUGUCUUUUUUCUUCUUCUUAUUUGUUGGGCUCUUUGUGUUUGCAGGUAUAAUGGGAAAAAGCAAAUGGCGCGAGCUGAAGGCUCGUUACAACACGGAGGAGCUCGAGGUUCCCGAGCCCGGCGAGGAGGAGGUUGCUCCCCUAGAGACUCGCCGAAAGAGGAAGAGGGGAGAGAAGACGGUCAGAGAGACCUCGGCCCCUUGCGAUUUUGAAGAGGUGACCUCGAGGGUCGCUGACGCCAACCCGGACGAUCUCACCGGGACUCCUCCGCCUGAGGGGUCGCCUAGGGUGGUCGUGGAAGAGGUCACCCGUGAGACACAGGUGGGUCCGACACCUCGGGAAGGCGCCAAGCUCUGAGGUGCCAACGCCGACUCCCCCUACUGCUACACAGGUGGGUCCGACACCCCCUUUCACCGAGGCCCGCGGGAAAAGGCUGAGCUCUGAGGCGCCGACACCGACUCCUUCAGCUGCUGCGACCUCUCACAAUGGCAUUCCGAGGCCAAAGUGCAUUGUGCAACGCUUCGAUGUCGCUUGUCCAAUGACAAGGUUGGACCAUGUGAGUGUGUCUCCGGACAUAACGUCACUAUAGAGCUCAAAAGUGAUCGCGGAGGCAUUCUUUAGGGAGAACCCGGCCUUUAUCGUUGACAAGGAAAUGAUAGAGAAGGUUGGUCCAGUUGAUGGAAUCAUACUUGGGAAUGCAAGAGGUGA